UGCCAAGGGCUAGGUGGUCAGCCUGGUAUUUUCCUUAGGAGAUGCGGAGGUGGCGGGGUCGCUCUGCCUCCUCGGGAAAGAACCAUCAGGAAGAAGAGAAUGACUUCUGGGCUCUUGACAGCCAGGUUGCAGGAAUCAGUGACGUUUAAGGAUGUGGCUGUGGACUUCACCUGGGAGGAGUGGAAGCAGCUAACGCCAGCUCAGAGGCACCUUUAUCGGGAUGUGAUGCUGGAGAACUAUCGGAACCUGGUGUCCCUGGGACUUCCAGUUUUUCAACCAGAUCUGAUCUCCCGGUUGGAGAGAGGAGAAGUCCCAUGGAUACCAGUGGGAGAAGUCUUGAGAGGCUCUUGCCCAGAUUCCCUUAUUCAGGAAACAACAUGUAAAAUCAUGGAGACUGCCCUAAAGCACAACCUUUUUGUGGAAGAGUCAUCCAAGGGAAGAUUCACAAACCAUGACCCAUGGGAUUCCAAGUUGGAAGAAAAUUGGGAAUGUCAUGUUGGGUGGGGGUGGCAAAAAGACAGCCAGAAGGAAAAAUACAGGCAAAUGACAGUCAUUCAGGAAGGUCAGAUGUUCUCAAGAAGUUUGAGUCUGUGGUCGGUUUCUUUUGCACAACAGAUAGAUGCUACCAGGAAAACUCUCCAUAGACAUGGUACACAUGGUGAGUGCUUCAGACCGUUUUCAGACUUGGUGAAAAGUAAUGGAAUCUCCUCAGGUAAAAAACCUUAUAAGUAUAAUAAAGGCAAGAAGAUCUCUUUUGAUUCAGGCCUUAUUCAGUAUCAUAGAAGACAUAAUGGACAGACACAAUAUGAGUAUAAUGAAUGUGAAAAGACCUUCAGCCAUAGGGGAUAUCUUGAUCAAUGUAAGAGGAUUCAUACAGGAGAGAAACCUUUUAAAUGUAAUAAAUGUGGGAAAGCCUUUAGCAGCAGUUCAUCACUCAGGAAGCAUCAGAGAAUUCACACUGGAGAGAAACCAUAUGAGUGUAAUGAAUGUGGGAAAGCCUUCAUCAGCAACUCAUCCCUUAAGAAACAUCAGAGAAUUCACACUGGAGAGAAACCAUAUGAAUGUAUUGAAUGUGGAAAAGCUUUCAGGCAUGGGGGGUAUCUUGCUGAACAUAAGAGGAUUCAUACAGGAGAUAAACCCUUUGGAUGUAAUGUUUGUGAGAAAGCCUUUAGCAACAGCUCCUCGCUAAGGAAGCAUCAGAGAAUUCAUACUGGAGAGAAACCAUAUGAGUGUAAUGAAUGUGGGAAGGCCUUUAGCAGCAGCUCAUCCUUUAAGAAACAUUGGAGACUUCAUUCUGGAGAAAAACAGUAUGAGUGUAACGAAUGUGAGAAAGCCUUCAGCAACAGUUCGUCUCUUAUGAAGCAUCAGAGAAUUCACACUGGAGAGAAACCUUUUGUGUGCAAUGAGUGUGAAAAAGCCUUCAUACAGAGGGGAAACCUGACUGAACAUCAGAGAGUUCACACUGGAGAGAAACCCUUUAAAUGUAAUGAAUGCGGGAAAGCCUUUAGCCAAAGAGGAAACCUCACUGAACAUAAGAGAAUUCACACAGGAGAGAAACCCUUUAAAUGUAACGAAUGUGGGAAAGCCUUUGGCAACAACUCAUGCCUUAUGAAACACCAGAGAAUUCAUACUGGAGAGAGGCCAUAUGAAUGUAAGGAAUGUGGGAAAGCUUUCAACAACAGCUCAUCCCUUAUGAAGCAUUGGAGGAUUCACACUGGAGAGAAACCAUACACAUGUAAAGAAUGUGGGAAAGCCUUCACUAAUAGCUCAUCUCUUCUAAGACAUCAGAGAAUUCACACUGGAGAGAAACCAUAUGAAUGUACUGAAUGUAGGAAAGCAUUCACCAAUAGUUCAUCCCUUAUGAAGCAUCAAAAGAUUCAUACUGGGGAGAAACCCUUUGAAUGUAAUGAGUGUGGGAAAGCCUUCAGCCACAAAGGGUAUCUUACUGAACACAAGAUAAUCCAUACAGGAGAGAAACCCUUUGAAUGUAAUGAAUGUGGGAAAGCCUUCAACAAAAACUCAUCCCUUAGGAAACAUCAUAGAAUUCAUACUGAAGAGAAACCCUUUGAAUGUAAUAAAUGUGGGAAAACCUUCAGCAAAAAUUCAUCACUUAAGAAACAUCAGAGAAUACAUACAGGAGAGAAAACCCUUCAGUGUAUUUAAUGUAGAAAAGAUUUCAGUCAGAAGGAACAUUUCACUCAACAUCAGGGAAUUCAUAAGAGAGAAAAACCCUAUAGGUGUAAUUAGUGGGAAUUAGUAGGAAAA